GUGAUUACGGGGGCCACCGGUGGUAUCGGAAGCGCUGCGGCGAGGUUAUUCGCGGAGGAAGGGGCGCGCGUGGCCUUGGUCGAUCUUGACGAAUCCGCGCUACAAGAGACUGUGCGGUCAAUCGGCGAGGAGAAGGCAAGCUACACCGUGGCAGACGUGACCCAACCGGAGCAGGCCCAGGCCUAUAUCAAUGCGGCCGUGGACCGCUGGGGCGGCAUCGACGUGCUGCUAGCCAACGCGGGGAUCGAGGGAACUCUGUCGCCCAUAACCGACUAUCCCAUCGACGUUUUCGACCGGGUGAUGGCGGUUAACGUACGUGGGGUGUGGUUGGGCAUCAAGUAUGUGGUCCCCGUGAUGAGUGGGCGCGGAGGGGGCAGCAUCGUCAUCACCUCGUCCACAGCGGGAAUCGGCGGAAGUGCGGAAAUGUCAGCAUACACCACCAGCAAACAUGCGGUGAUUGGCCUGAUGCGCACCGCCGCUCUGGAGGUGCUCCGUCCGGUAUCAGGGUCAAUACCGUCAACCCGGCGCCCAUCGAGACACGCAUGA